AUGAUGUUUCAAGACUUAGUUGUUUGGUUAGACUAUAGUAAUAAUAAUAAUAAUAUCUUAGUAAUGGAUCAAUAUUUAUUGAAAACAAAUAUUACAACAUUUUUAAAAGAUCAACAAUCUAAUGUCAAUAUAUCAAAAGAUGUUGUCGAUCUAAUUGGAGGUUUGAUUAAUAAUCAACAACCUGCUUACUAUAAUAGCGAUGACCAAUAUUACAUCUAUACAGUUCCAAAGUUGGGUGAUGGUGGAACUUGCAGUCUCAAACACGAAACUGAAAUAUUCGAUUUAACCACAGUAGUAGGUCAACGUAGUGAACAACUAUCUUCACUUAUUUCAAGAUUAUAUCAAAUAACAAAAGCAAUUCAAAAACUUACAGAUGUAGACUGGAUUGGUAUUUACAAAGUUUAUCAAGUAAAUGGUGAAAAAUGUUUAACAAAAUUAGCAUAUCAAGGUGAAAUAAGUAGACCUUUGUUCCCUUUGAAUUCCUACUGGGAGACCAUCAGUAAUAAUUCAUUUGUUGGAAUCAAUGGAAAAGGAAAGAUCAUUCAAUCGUUGGAGAGUUACGAUGGUCCAUACUACAAUUGUUCCGAUAAAGUAAAGUCGGAACUAUGUAUCCCAAUUUUCGAUAGACAACUCGACCAAGUUAUUGGUAUCAUUGACGCCGAGUCAUGGAAAGACACUCAUUUCAACGAUAAAAAUAUAUUGGAACUUUCACAACUAGCCGUUGAUCUCUCAACUCUAUUAUCAGAUCCAUUAUUAUUAAAUAAAUAG